AUUAACCAGAACACAAGAAAGAACAGUACAUUUCCAAAAACACAUCAGCCUUUGUGCUUUGAGUUCUUUGGAAGGUCUCUCCAAUGGCGGCUUCUUGCAGUACUUGAUUUGGUCUACAAAUACAAACCCUUCGAAAAGCAUCUUGGAGACAUGAGCUUCAAUUCAGAGAUGUUAAGCAAAUCUUUUACAGCGGAGAGCUCCAAUGGAAGUGAUCACCAAGGAACAAUCUCCAUUAAUCCUUUUUUCACUGAGGGAUUUUGCCAUUUUAAUGAAAUCCCAAGCUCUGUUCCACAUGCUCUUUGCUCCUCAAGAUGUGCAAAUAAUUCUUCAUUUCCUCCAGUUAACACACAAGAUUCCAAGAGCUUGGGAGGAACAAAGAGGAAAAGAGAAAGUGAAAGGGAUGAAGAGAAGCAAAGAGAAGUCAUCCAUGUGAGAGCAAAAAGAGGCCAAGCUACUGACAGUCACAGUUUAGCAGAAAGGGUCAGAAGAGAGAAAAUAAAUCAGAGGUUGAGAUUCUUACAAGACUUGGUUCCAGGAUGCUACAAGACAAUGGGAAUGGCAGUAAUGUUGGAUGUGAUAAUAAACUACAUCCAAUCUUUGGAGAAUCAGAUCGAGUUCCUCUCCAUGAAGCUUUCAACUGCAAGUCGCUACUAUGAUUUCAACAACACCACUGAAACUGAUGGAAUUGAGAUAAUGCAGGCAACAAAUGGGUAUGAUGACAUGCAAGAAAUGGAAAGGAUUGUACUUGGAGAAGAAGGGUAUGGAGGAUGCUCUUACCUCCACCCUACUUUGUCACCUCUCUAACUUCGAUACAAUCUCUACACAUACACACAUUUAUAUAUAAUAAUAAUGCUUCAACUUAUAAGGCAAAUAAUACUCCGCUAAAUAAAUGUUUUAAUCCUUG